AUGGCCUAUGGCCUUCAAACUGCUUCCUGGAUAGUGUGGAUUUACUAGAAAAAAAGAAAGAUUUUGGCCUAUUUCUUCCUCUGUCUCUGGUGGGCCAUUCUUUAACUACAUGCUGUUAUACAGUACAUAUUCUCUAAGACGAUGUAGGCAGAAAAGUAGAAAUGAGUGGGUUGGAGAGAGAAUUCAGGUCAGUAGACCCACUAAAAGGGACUCAAAGUGUUAACCAGUCAAAACUAGAGAGCCAGAAAAGACUCACAGAGUUAAUAUUAAUCAGUUGACGCUCCAAAGGCCAGGAGCAACCUGGAAUGUCCAAAUAUUCCCCAAAUAAAGAAAAGCGUCUGAGCACAGCCCAUGUCGUCAUUGUAUCAAUUAGAUCAUGCCAUUUUAAGGUGUACUCUAGCCUGGUAAAAGGCCCAGUUUAUUCUUUAACUUAACCUACAUGUUGUUUUUUCCUCCCCCAGCCCCUAAUCAAGUAGCCAGAGACAAGUAUUCUGAUUGAUUUAGCAAACAAGCCCAGCUAUAAACAGCAAAGUAAAAACAGGAAAGGUUCCAUCUUAAAACUAAGGUUGCUUUUAAAACCCAGGAAAUUAAGAAGUAAGAUUCUUAACAUAUUCUUUAGCAGACAAUAACUCAGCCCACCUUGGGGGCAGGGAAGGCGGUCUUGAUUGAUAUGUUCCCAGAGGGAAGCUGCUAUUCUGGGGAGGAACUGGAUCAGUAAAUUUCUUGUGUUAAGCUAAUUUUGCAGAAUUACCUGGAGGACUGAUAAUAAAAGAGAUGAAGUGUCUUUCAUCAAAGAUAAACAUCAUGAGACCACUUAAAAGUCCACAUAGCCAUUUGUCACAUUCUUGAAAAAUUCUUUUCUUUCCCCCUUUUUAAAAAAAAUUUUUUUAUUAAGGUAUUAUCUUAAAUAUUCUUAAAAUGGGGAGCCCCCACCCUUUCAGAGUGCAUCUCUCUCUAAGGUCGCUCGCACUCUGUAAGUGUGUAGCCUUAAAUAAAACUUUCUCAACCUUUCAGGCGGGCCUCUCCUCUCUGAGGUCGCCCUCACUUUCUCUUUAAGUGCAGUGACUUAUAUAAAGCUUUUACUCUGCUUCACUACUGUGUCUCUGCCCUUCAAUUCUUUGUUGUGGCAGGGACAAGAUCCAAGGAAAAUAAACAAAGCCCCCCUAACAAGGAGGUAAAACAUUUAAUUUUCUCCAUUGCAAAAAAGCUACAUGGCUACUGUAGAAAUACCAAGGGUCAAAAGGGUGAAAACAAAACUCACCUAUAAUCUUAUCAGGUAAUUACUUCUUAACCUUUUGCUGUACUUUCUUACAGUGUUUAUAACCAUACAUGUGUAAAUUAUAUAUACUUUACAAAAAUAGGAUGAUAUUGUUUUGUAAACUUAAAAGAACUUAAUAUUUAGUAACCUUUUCAUGUCAUGAAAUUAUUCCCUUGAAUACAAUUUGUAAUGUUGCUAUAGCAUUCUUGCCCUGUUGUAUAUAUAUUAGUCACGUACCUAGCUCAUCUAAAAUGUUGGAUUCUUUUUAUACAUGAGGAUCUAAGAAUUAAAAUCACUUUUCUUUUCUGAAAUUGGUGUAUAUAUUGUCCAAGGGGACCCACAGCCUACACUAAUGUCCAGCAUAUCAUAUUCCCUCUUGAUCUCUGGUUGAGUGACCAGUGGUAAAUAGUAGGUUUCAGAAAGUGCUGAGAAGUCUUAGCCACCAGCAAGGGGAAAGGAAACAAGAUUCUGAACCUUCAUUUGCUCUCCAGCAAUGCAAAAAUCCUUCUGAGUGGUUGAACCAGAAGCCGUCUCAGCUCAUAGGAAGGCUUGUAGAAACCAAAGCUUUCAACAAGACCAAGGAGAAAUGGCUAAACGUACCUUCUCCACGUUGGAGAUAUUCCUGAUUUUCCUCCUUGUGUUGAUGACUGCCAUCACGGUGGCCCUUCUCAGCCUCUUGUUUAUCACCAGUGGGACCAUUGAGAAUCACAAAGAUUUAGGUUCUCCAGCCACACAGAGCCCUCCAGCCCCUCCGGGCUCCACAGCACCUCCGGCCCCUCCGGCCCCUCCAGGUUCCACAGCCCCUCAAGGCUCCACACGCACCCAGGGCUCUACAACCACCCAGUCGUCUCCAGGGACCACCACGCCAGAGCCUCCCCUGUUUCAGAACUUCAGUGGCUACCACAUUGGAGCCGGGCGAGCUGACUGCACGGGACAAGUAGCUGAUAUCAGUUUGAUGGGCUACGGCAAAGUUGGCCAGAAUGCACGGGGCAUCCUCACAAGGCUGUACAGUCGUGCUUUUGCUAUCAUGGAACCUGAUGGGUCAAAUCGAAUGGUGUUUGUCAGCAUUGACAUAGGCAUGGUAUCCCAACGACUCAGGCUGGAGGUCCUGAACAGACUGCAGAGUAAAUACGGCUCCUUGUACAGAAGAGACAAUGUCGUGCUGAGUGGCACUCACACACACUCCGGUCCAGCAGGAUUCUUCCAGUAUACUCUGUUUGUGAUCGCCAGUGAAGGAUUUAGCAAUCGAACUUUUGAAUACAUCGUCAAUGGCAUUGUGAAGAGCAUUGAGAUAGCACACAGAAAUAUGAAACCAGGCAAAAUCUUUAUCAAUAAAGGAAACGUGGAUGGUGUACAGAUCAACCGAAGCCCUUAUUCUUACCUUCAAAAUCCUCCAACAGAGAGAGCCAGGUAUUCUUCAAAUACAGACAAGGAAAUGGUAGUCUUGAAAAUGGUAGAUUUGAAUGGAAGUGACCUGGGCCUUAUCAGCUGGUUUGCCAUCCACCCAGUCAGCAUGAACAACAGCAACCACCUUGUAAAUAGUGACAAUAUGGGCUAUGCAUCUUACCUUUUUGAGCAAGAGAAGAACAAAGGAUAUCUACCUGGACAGGGACCAUAUGUAGCAGCGUUUGCUUCAUCAAACCUGGGAGAUGUGUCCCCCAAUAUUCUUGGCCCGCAUUGCAUCAACACCGGAGAAUCUUGUGAUAAUGCCAAUAGCUCUUGCCCCAUUGGUGGGGGUAGCACGUGUAUUGCUAUGGGGCCUGGACGGGAUAUGGUUGACAGCGCACAGAUUAUAGGGCAGACCAUUUAUCAGAGAGCAAAGGAACUAUAUGCCUCUGCCUCCCAGGAGGUAACCGGACCACUGGCUUCAGCUCAUCAGUGGGUUAAUAUGACUGAUGUCACCGUUUGGAUCAAUUCUACACACACCGCAAAAACGUGUAAACCAGCACUGGGCUACAGUUUUGCAGCUGGCACAAUUGACGGGUUUGGGACCCUCAAUUUUACACAGGGGACAACAGUAGGGAGUCCAUUUUGGGAGACUAUUCGGGAUCAGAUCCUGGGCAAGCCGUCUGAAGAAAUCAAAGAAUGUCAGAAACCAAAGCCAAUCCUUCUUCAUACGGGAGAGUUGUCCAAACCUCAUCCCUGGCACCCAGAUAUUGUUGAUGUUCAGAUUAUUACCCUUGGGCCUGUGGCCAUAACUGCCAUCCCUGGAGAGUUUACGACCAUGUCUGGACGAAGAUUUCGGGAGGCAGUUAAAGCAGAAUUUGCAACUUAUGGAAUGCAGAAUAUGACUGUUGUUAUUUCAGGUCUAUGCAAUGUCUAUACACAUUACAUUACCACCUACGAAGAGUACCAGGUUCAGCGGUACGAGGCAGCAUCCACGAUUUAUGGGCCACAUACUCUGUCUGCUUACAUCAAGCUCUUCAGGGUCCUUGCUAAGGCCAUUGCAACGGACACAGUAGCUAACCUGAGCAGUGGUCCAGAGCCUCCAUUUUUCAAACAACUGAUGCUCCCAUUAAUUCCUAAUGCUGUGGACAGAGCACCAACAGGCAAAACUUUUGGGGAUGUUCUGCAGCCCCUGAAACCUACAUACGGAAAGGGAGAAGUUGCUGAGGUUACAUUUGUUGGUGCUAACCCAAAGAAUUCAGCAGAAAACAAGACCCAUCAGACCUUCCUCACUGUCGAGAAAUAUGAGGCCACUUCAACAACAUGGCAGAUAGUGCAUAAUGAUGCCUCCUGGGAGACUCGUUUCUAUUGGCACAAAGGAUCACUGGGUCAUAGCAAUGCAACAAUACAAUGGCAUAUUCCAGAUACUGCCCAGCCUGGACUCUAUAGAAUAAGAUAUUUUGGACACAAUCGGAAACAAAACUUUCUCAAGCCUGCUGUCAUACUUUCAUUUGAAAGCACCUCCUCCACUUUUGAAGUUGUAACUACUUAAUGAAAAGUUGACAAACUAGCUUUAAAUUUAAAUUUUAGUUUAAAGAGUAGUUGUACUCUGUAUGAUUUAUAUGAUUUAUUUUGUAUGAAUGGAAACUAUUGUGAUGACUUCUAUGAUUGUCCUUGUCUGGGAACAGAUAGUUUACUGCUAAUGGGACAGAGAUAUGUGUGUGUGUAUAUAUGAGAUGUGUGUGUCUCAUUUAUCUUGCUCCAGCAGGUUUGUACCUCAUAGUCUACAGCCUAAAGCAUGAUUUCCCUUGGGGCCUUAGGGCUGUUUAAAGGGACAGUUCUGCUCAGUACGAAACCUCUGAAAAGCUAGUAAGAGUGGUUGAAGAUAUGUGAACAAUGUUUAAACUAUUUAUUGAUAGAAUUAUUGAAUGUUAGCACUGGAAAAGUUUAAAGAGAUUAUCUAGUUUGAUAAUUCACUUUGCAGAUGGGAAAAAUGAAGUUUUAUGGAUUUAGGGUUAGCAUCAGGAUGCAGGACCUUUCCACCAGUCACAUUUAAAAAAUAUUAUAUACACAUUGACCAUAAAUGUAUAGGCUUAAUUAGAGAAAGUUAGCAUGAAAAUUAGCAUGCCAGUUUUUCUAUAUUGAGCAUAGCCUUUUAAAGUAGUCACCCUGAAGUUAAUAUGCCUAAUCCUGAGUUUUGUUGAUGCUCAAGUCAUUUCUGGAAUUGCUUUCAGAGCCCAAUUAUGAGAAAGUCAGACUUGUAAUAUUUUGAUCAUGCCUUCUGUUUCCCUAAGUGCCCUUAUCCGACUGAAUUGUCUCUUAUUUUGAAGACUUGUUCUAAGUGAUUUUUGACUGUUUUCAUUAAUUAAAUACACCCAAACCACAAAGCUUUGCUAUCAGUGUUUAUAUUAAAAUGGAAAUAUUACUGGCUUAAAAGAAAGUCCUCAAAGGAGAGGCUCUAAAUUCACUUGUUUGUUCUUUUCUCACUCACUCGUGGACCCAUUCAGUCAGAAUAUUUAUUAAGACUUACUCUCAGACCCAGAGCUCUACUAGUGCCUGGCUUUGAAAACUAGUGAGGUCAUAUUUGAGAUGAAUGGGUAAGUGUCAAUAGGUGACCAUUUGGGG